AUGGAUGUAUCUAAAUAUACUUGGAUGCAAGAUGGAUGUAUCCUAGUUGUUGAGAUAUCUGGCUCUGUUGCUCCUCCUCCUGUCAAGAUUCUGAGCUAUGCGGAUGAUCUUGAGGUGUUUUUGUCUUCGCCAGAAGAGUGGUCUGUGUUGUUGUCUGUUCUUGAUCUGUAUGGCCGAGCAUCUAAUGCGAAAGUCAAUAUCAGCAAGACAGUGUUGGUGUCGUUGUCUGGUGUGUCCCACUCUGCUUGGGUUGCUUUGGCUGAUUCUACUGGUCUCCAGUGGCAUGACGCUCACUCUCGUGGUGCAGUACGUUACUUGGGUUAUCCCUUGUAUCAUACUGAAAGUCAACUUCAAGACUAUCUUGAUGGUGUCUUGGUGAAGGUCCAGCGACACAGUAACUUGUUGAAACAAAGGAAUCUCUCCAUUAGGGGAGCAGGACUAGUGGCUAACUCGUUACUGUUGUCAAAGGUAUAUCAUUUGUUGCGUGUUGUUCCUGGUGGUGGUGUAACUGCGUCGUGGUUGAAGUCACUCACAAAGGUGGUUCGUGAGUAUCUGGUGUCUUUUCGCCCUGGUGUUGCCUGGUCUACUUUGUGUCUUCCUCGCAAAUUUGGUGGUGUUGGUCUCGUGGAUAUAGCAGAUCAAAGCUUAGCUUUGCAUCUUGUCUAUUUGCAACGUUUGUUGCGUCCACCCUCUCCUAAUGAUUUUGUCUCCUCUUGGUUGGUGUAUGCCUUUCAAGUUUACACUGGUCAUAAGUCCAUCUUGCCGUGGUUUUGUUUUCCUGGUCUUUACCAGUCUCGUGUGUCUUCUGUGCCUGUUCUAAAACAUCUCGGAAAGCUUCUGUUGAGAUUGCCAAAGUUAGUUCCUUCCUCUGGUUGGUCUGCUAGGUGGUUUCUUGAUCUUCCCUUGUGUUCUGUACUCAGUACUGUGCCUUCUGUUCGUCCUCCUCGUAAUCCAUCAUCUCUUGAUCCUCGUUUCUUGGUGUCGGAUGUCUCUUUCUGGCAACCUGAUCUAGGUAUAGUUGAUGGUGUCACCUCUCAUCUUGCUUGGUCAUCUCGUGUUUUGCGCCCUGUUUUUCUAGCCUUGAACCGUGAUCGUGGUCCUGUCUCUCUGGUAUUCCCGCCUGUCAUGGAUAGUAAGAUAGUCUUGUCUCAAGCAGACUAUUUUACUAUGCCCCGUUCUGAUGGAGCUACCUCUUGGAUGCCAGAUUGUACUCAUUGGACUGUCUCCAACUCGUCUCGUUCUGCUGCUCCGGUUGCUCGUCUCUCUCUUGGUGCUUUGCGAAGGUAUUGGCACCGUGCAAAGGGUACCAUUACCUCUCGUAUGGGUCCUCCCUUGAAGUUGCCUACUCAUUUGUUGCUGUCUCCUGCUUUGUGGCGUACUUUCUGGUCCCUGGAAAUGCCUGCAAAGGCUUUCACACCUUGGUGGCGAUUGCUACAUGACCGUGUUCCGCACCGUUCGUGGUGCCAUAAGAUUAUGCCUACCAAAGUUCUGUCUCCUGCUUUUGCUCUUUGCGGUUUUGCUACAGAGGACCUUUACCAUUUCGUGGUGGGUUGCCAUGUCAAGUCAUUUUUCUGGCAGGAUGUAGUCUCUUUGUUGUCACUUCAAGAGCUACUCCCCUCUGCUUCUUCUACUGUAGGGGGAAAAACUGUCCUGUUCGUUUAA